GUUUCCGGUCGGGAGUGAGAUCCGAUGUGAAACGAGUGUCGGGUAUAUUGAAUCCAAUGACGUACGAUUGCCGUGCAGUAUUAAUUAUCGCGCGAUCACCGGCCGGUACGCGACACUAGUUCUUCUGUUUACUCGCGUAGUCGCUCCUUCUUACAAGCUGUAUACGUCACAGGUCACAGUCUAACGGUACUCGUCGCGCAGUUCGGAGAGCUUGUUGGCUCCGCGUUUCGCGCGGUAUUUUUCCGAUCGGGAGUGAGAUCCGAUGUGGAACGAGUGUCGGGUGUAUUGAAUGCAAUGACGUACGAUUGCCGUGCACUAUUAAUUAUCGCGCACGAGUGUGAUUAACAGCGUCUUACGAUAUUUUCAAUUCUGCCCCUCCUCCCUCUCCCCUCCGCUGCAUCGUGGCAGCGAACGGGUGCUACGCUGCAUCUCGUAUUCCCGUGUCGUUUAUUCGGACACGGCAGCAUGCGUGCGAUCGAACAUUGAAGAUAUAUCGGGCAGAUCGGUGAAUUAAGAUACUAUUAUCGCUCGCAAAAUGCAAUAUCCGCGAUUGUCUCUCGCCUGGCGUUGCGGUUCGCGAGCUUGACGUGAAGUUGCCGCUGCAUAUUUUUGAAUUUUUCGCAUAUAUCGCGACGCGCAUCGAUUUCGGGAGUGCCGUGAGAAAUAACGGAUAUUUUUAUUCGCGUUAUAAAUAUCGUAUCCGCGAUAUGUCGUGUGUGCGCGUUAAUCCGCAGGACUGUCGCAGGUGGCAAUGGAUCGUAAUCAGUCGUGUUUUUCCGAUCGAUUUGCGUUGACGCGAAUAAUACGAGAAAUGGUGGCGGUUAGUGAGAAAACAGCGCCGAGGAAAUAUUUCGAGUCGUGAAACAUCAUUCGACGAGAAGACGGCGAAUCAGUUGGAGGACUUGGAACCUCGCGAAGAUGCGGGACCGGCUCUCGUGGUACAUGGUCUUCCUGAUCCUGCCGACAAUCCUCUUGGCCAGGUCGCUCGAUAAGGAUCGACGCGUACCCUACAACAUACCGUCGGAUUGGAAAGCCCUCUGGUUCAGCAAUCUCGACGAGCUGCAGAGAGUGAACGAUGCGAACGACAACAACACCGUUUCCAACGUCACAGUGCAAUUGGGCGGCACCGCCUUCCUCCACUGCAAAGUUCGCAAUUUGGCGGAGAGGACCGUUUCCGAUGCCGAGAUAUCGUGGAUCCGGCGACGCGAUUUUCACGUCUUAACAAGCUCCAUGUUCACAUACACGAACGACGAGCGAUUUCAAGUGCUGCAUCCCGAAGGCUCAGAUGAUUGGACUCUUCAAAUAAAAUACGUCCAGGACAGAGAUAACGGGACAUACGAGUGUCAGGUCUCGAGAAGUACAGGGAUACUGUCACAUUUUGUCAAUCUAAAUAUAGUGAUACCAGAGGCGUUUAUAUUAGGAGGCGAGGAGCAUCACGUCGAUGUAGGCUCUAUCAUAAGCCUCGUAUGCAUAAUAGAGAAGAGCCCGACGCCGCCGCAAUACGUGUUCUGGUAUCACAAUAACCGGAUGAUAAACUACGAUACCACGCGCGGCAGCGUGACCGUACAAACCGAUCCAGGACCAACUCAGAGCCGGUUGACGAUUCGCCAGGCGGUGGAAUCCGACACGGGCAAUUACACAUGCAGCGCCUCCAACACCAAGCCGGCAUCGAUCUUCGUCUUCGUCACCGAAGGUGACAAGAUGGCAGCGAUACAACGUCGCAAGACGUCGGCAGCGAAGAGGAAUCGGGCGGGCGUGCUGUUGCCGGCGUUACUCAUCGUAACGGGCGUCGUUUUAGCGCGAUAAGCGUUUCACUUCGAAAUGUCCAUAACUAUUACACCAUUACUUCCGUUUGUGAUAGAUAGGAUAUUACUCCCGGGACUAUACAGAGUCCGCCCGCCCUCCCCUCUUUUUCACCCUCCCAUCCUCGUCUGUUCUCGCUUUUCCCCAUCAAUUUCCCUCUGCUCCCCCCCCCCUUCCCUCGCGGAUCUUCUUCCUCCUCCCCUGUCUAGUUUCCCGUCUUCCAUCUUCCUCCUCCAUCCCCCUCUUUCUUCGCUCGACCCCCUUACAUCCCUUAUUUACCUUAGCUGAGGUUGCCGCCGGCUGGACUACUUAGAUAUGCGAGAUUUUCGUGGAAGAUUGCGCGAUUGCCUGUUCCAAGUCAUUACGCGCGACGCGCAUGCGACUCGAAUUAUGUAAAUACUCGCCGGGUCGAAUACGCCACGACGACGCGAAUUACGUAGGCCAGGUCUGUCCAACUUCCGGGUGCGCUGCCGAUCGUUCACUCUCACCAGAUUCAGAUUCAUCAAAUCAGACGGAUGGAAAAUUUAUUUGGUUAGUAUAAACGGAUCGAUUGCGUUAACAAGGUGAGACCAUAUUUCUUCAAAAUCGUAAUAACGCGAGAUACAUAAAUCUUUAAUGUGUGUAUGUAUAUGUAAAAAUGAUGCAAGCGAUAUUGUUUUGUUUAAAGAUAACAUUUUUACUUUACCGUUGCAUUGUUACAAGUUACAAUUUUAUUUCUUGCACUUGCAUUACUCAGGAUGAUAUCGUAUGUAAAUAGUUUACAUUAACUAAGGAAAUUUGAUUAGAUUUUGGAAAUGUGCUCAAAUGAUCAAUAUCCUCUUUGAAUAAAUCGAGAGUUAUAAGACUCGACUUUGCAAUAAUGUAAAUGACAUAAUUUUAAUUAUAAAGUAAUAUAAUAUUAAACUGAGUCGAAAUAUUAUCGUAGGAUGAAUAAAUGACCUAUUAAAUUCGAUAUGAUUCGAUUUUAUCACGAUAAGAAUAACACACAUUAAGUAGAAAUAGCAAUUAAUAUAUUUAUAACAACAACAUUAAUCGCACAUAUUUAUUUGCAGCGAAUAUCUCGAGUUAACUCAAGACUAUCUAUUUCAGUUCCGCGCAAUUUCUUGAAUUGAUAAUAGCAAUAUAAAACGUAUGUAGUUAUGAUACAUAUUUAUAUUUGACAGUUAAAAUAAUCACUACAGAUAUUUCGAAUCAGUUGUAUAUACAAUCUUUUUUUAAGUGUGCUUAAAUAAUAUUCAUUUCCAAAGUCUGGAGAAUUUUCCUUGAGGUGCACUAUAUUUGCGAAUAAAAAUAAAAAGUGGAAAAAUAUACGUGGAAAUAGCAGUCAAAAGCAAAAUCGCCACAUUUAUAUCGAAAUGCAAAGCAUAGGUCUCUGCUCACGUUACAAUGUUUGCAUUUCUCGUUUCUAAAAUAAAAAAUUGUUACGAAAAAUUGCUCGCUUUACAAGCGUGCGAGUUUAGUUCGGUGAAGUCGUCCGCCUCUUUCAAUAUUACGAUAGCGUUGCGAGACGAAGAUCGCAGCGCGUCAACAAACGCGAAAACACGUUUAUUGCACGACACGACGUCACACGCGUUUAUUGCACGCGAAACAAACGCGAACAAAGCGCACAUAGGAUUGCAAUAUGCGGAUGGAGCGAGCGCCGGCACGUCAUUAAAGACCGUCAUUAAGGCACCUCGCGGCUGCGUUAUUACAGCUUAUACUACUAGAUGGAUCAUCUGCUCGUCGUUAUAUCCAGGAAAGCAUCGAGAAAGUUAGAGAAGAGAAGAUCCUUACCAUUCCGUGGUUGCAACGUGGUAUUAAGUACGUUAGCAAUUGCCGCAAGUUUAAAACCUCAGCAAUAUCAAGGUAUAUUCUAUUAAAUAUAACUACUUUGUAUCUGUACGUAAAAUUACAUAUCUGUCUUAAAUAUUAUAAAUAUUUAUCUUUGUUAUUAAUAUCUUUUAAAAAGAUCCUAUUAUGUAACGACAGAAAUUAUUAAUCGAUUGCAUACACAUACUACAAUUUUUAUAUUUUUAUUAAUAAUAAAAAAUAAGCAAAUUUUCUUAUAUUACACAGAUGAGAUAAAAAGAUGCUUCUCUCUAUUUUGAUAAUACAAGUAAAGAAUAUAAAGUCGCACACACACACACACACACUGUAUCAUGAAAAUAAUAUCACACCACGUGCGCCGCUGAAGCUGAAUAUUACUUUAUAUAUGAUUGCAAUUUCGCGUCCUUGCGCGAAACGUGCGCGUGAAUUUUAGAACGUCCUACAUAAGAAAAGUUAAACAAGUGGUAUCCACACACACACACGUAUACCACUUCUUGUGUUGAAUGUUGAACAACCAACAUGGUGAUGUAUGUUGCAACGGCCGUUCUUUCGAGCCACGUGUACUUCUGAUCUUAAAAUUGCACACGAGCGUAACAUCGUCUCCCUUGUCAUUGAGCUGAACUACGUGAAGCAAACAUCUCAAGGAAUAUAGUUUCACGGCGCACGUUCUUUUCACUUUUAUUCCCUGGCUCAUCUAUUAUUAUAUUAUCGAUUUAUAUAAAGAUAACAAUUGAGACGCGACCACUUGCAACAAUAUCAAUCUAUACAUUGAUUAAAAUAGCAGUUUAAAGAUUUCAAGACACAAUUGAACUAUUACGAUGAAUCGCAUGAUGAAAUCUUUUUUUUACGUUUUCAGUUUUUUUUUUUUUUUUUAUGACCUUAAUUAUAUAGAAAUUAAGACACGUGUACGUAUGUAGGUGAGUUAUUGUAUACACGUAUGUUCUUCAUUAUUUUUUGUAAAAAACAUUGGACCUGCGAUCAAUUUUAUCCGUAUUUACAUGUUUUUUAUAAAAUCUUUUAAGAGCGAACUAAGUAUCGUUGAGGCGCGCUUAUCGAAUUAAUUACAAGCUGAAUAUCAGCUGAGUAUCAGUCAUUGAGCAUUAAAUAAAACCUACAAGUUGGACAGGCUUGACCGUCGUAGGCUCACCGAGCGGCGGCAGAAACGUGUCGUUUAAAGGGGCCUCCGGCGUUUCUUUUGAGGGCCCACAAAACUAUCACGUAGCAUUGUUUUUUCUCGCCUGAAACACUGUACACAUCGGAUACACGUAGCGAAUAAGGCGAUAUUCAACGGUUCUUUCUGUAUAUCCUAAUUUAAGGCAAGAUUCGUGUGCAAAGAUAUGAAAGAAAAUGUAGAAGACAGUAGGGUAAAUGGUAUUUUUUGUCGGGAAUCGAAUUCUUUCUCCGCGUUACCUUCGUUAUACAUAUGCGUUAUUCAGACGACAAAGAGAAACGUUUCCUGAAAACGUCUUGCCCUUUCCAUGCGCAAAGCAGAAAUAUCUCAAGGGAAGCUUGCAAAUGGAUAAAAUUAUCCAAGGAUAAUAUAAUGCGGUGUUUAAUCCUUGAGAUAUAAAUAUGUAGUCGCGGUGAAAUCUGAGCGGUUUGUAAAGCAGUGAGAAAACGAGAGGUGUAGGAUAACGCGCGCAAUUAAAAUGUGAAACGCGAAUCCAAAUUCUUCAAAAUUUAUUUUAGACGCGAAAUCUCACUUAAUAAAAUUUUGUGGAUUUGAUAUUCAAUCUAUUUUGCCGCCAAGUCACGUACGUUGCGUUAUCGAUAUUAUAUCCUUGAGCACGAUCUUUAUGUUAUGACGCAAUCUACAUCAUUAUAUAGCGAUUUAUUAUAGUAAAAAUACAAUAUGCGAUUUAAAAAAUCUUGCAAUCAAUUUUCUAUUCUUUGCAAUGGCAAGAUUUAUUGUUAUUGAUAUCGACAGAAAUAUUCAUCGUAAUAAUUAUAUUCACUUGAAGUUUAA